UGGGGUCGUGCACAACAAUAUAUUUCAUUCAAUAAUAAAGUUUUGGCUAUUAUACUAUACUCUGAUGCAACUACACUUGAUCGGUUAGAGAAAAGUUCACGGCAUCCUAUAUUUAUUAGCUUGGAAAAUAUUUCAACAAAAAUUCGUAAUAAAGCUGAGGCAAAAGCACUUGUUGGUCUUAUACCAGUACUGCAAGGAACAAAGGAAGAAAGACAAACAUUACAAUUUAGACAGCUAAUUCGAUUGACCUUUCACAAAUGUAUUAAUACAUUAAUUGAGCCAUUAUAUUUACAACAUCGUUCUGGAGUAUUAUUAAAAAUUAACAAUUAUAGUUUAAAGUGUAAUAUGAUGUUAGCCUGUGUUAUUGGAGAUUGGCCCGAAAACUGUAAAUCGUGUUUAACUUAUAGUGGAACAAGUUGUGCGCGUUGUUGCUACACUUGUCUUGUAAAAAAAGAUGAACUAAAUGCUAUUAAAUUAUCUGCUAAUCGCAAAAUAACUCGAACAGAAAAUCAAAUGAGACAAAUUAUUGCAAUGGAACAAAGCAAAGAGUACUUAUUACAUGAAGAAAUAAAUAUUAAAUUUACACGAGAUCUCUUGAAAGCUCGUGGAGAAAAUACUCUUAUUAAUAAAAUGGAUCAAAGACUUGGAAUAAUACCACACUAUCCAGGACUAAAAAUUUUCAAUACUGGACUUGCAGAUCUUGCAUUAUUUAUGGUAUUAGAAUAUAGGCAAAUGAUGAAAGUUAUGCCUUUUGUUCUUGAAGGGCUUUUUGCAAAAAAUGAAAAUGAAUUGCUU